AUGCCCCCGACGCCCCUCACAGUCCAAUACAAGGAGAUCGACGGUAGCAAGGUCGAUACAGAUGUCUAUCUCCCACCCCUAGCAGCCUCCGAAAACGGACAACCGAAAGACUAUCCUGUCUUAAUCGACAUCCAUGGCGGCUCGUUCAUGCUGGGCCAUUCCAAGAUGGUCUGUAUGCCUCAGGUGGACGAUUGUCUGGCCCGCAGCUGGAUCGUGGUCAGUCCCAACCACCGACUCUGCCCGCAGGUGAACAUCCUGGAGGGUCCGAUGGCCGAUUGCCGAGACCUACUAGCCUGGAUCUACGACGGCCACCUCGAUGCAUUUCUUGCCGGGCAGUCAGCUGCGCACUUGCAUGGAUCGCAGUACCGCGUCGAUAAGGACCGAGUCAUGGCCUUCGGGACAUCGUCCGGAGGCACAUUGGCUUUGUCACUGGGAUGGGACGUCCCGCGCCGAGUAGCAGCGAUCCUCGACUUCUACGCCCCGGCCUACCUCACCCACCCGUUCUGGACGCAACCGCUUCCCGAGGUAGCCAGCAAGCUGCCGCCUCUCGACUCCGCGUUCCUCAACCGGAUCUACGAUGAGAAGCCCGUGCCUACGAACAGCUCGAUCUCCCUCGAAGGGCAGACCGAGGUUGGCGUCGUGCCGGGCCCGGACUUCAGCCGCCCGCGCGACGGGUUCGCGCUCACACAGGUCGCCAACGGGACGGUCAUCCAGGCGUGCUAUCCCGGUCGAGAUGUCAAAGAGAUCGACCCAGUCCACCACGUCGAUGCGCAGUUCCCGCCAACGUGUAUUGUGCACGGUGGGGCGGAUACGAAGGUCACCAUCGAGGUGAGUCGGGAGUUGUUCCGGGCGCUGAAGGAGCAGGGGGUGCGGUGUGAGAUGAUUGAGGUGCCCGGGGAGGAUCACACCUUUGCGAUGAGUAUGAAGGUGGGGUCUCCGACGUGGGAGUUGCAGAGACGCGGGUUUGAUUUCUUAGAGAGUGUGAUCGCUUCUCGGUGA